GCAGGAAAGUUUGGGAAUUUCGGGAACACUAGAAGAAAGAGGAAGUGGUGCGCUGAAGAAGUUUCGAUUACGGACGUGUGCGGAUCCAAGACUCCAGUCAAGAGGGAACGGGAGACAUGUGUGAACGGGAACCCGUCUGCGAGUGAACUUUACUUGCACUUUAGCAGGGAUUAUUAGUAUUUCUGCCUUUUCACUCCCAUUGCAACAGAUCGGAAAUAGUUUUUCCAAAUGUUUGUAAUGCAAUCUGCGAUUUGUUGAUUUACUACUCCAUGCACUCGUCUGCAGAAAGUUGAGCAAAUUUGUAGGAAAGUGUCCACGGGGUCCUGGCGCAUCUGACAGUGUUAUGAGUGAAGUGGUCUCUUACAGAUUUUAUUGGAUUGGAGGACUAUUGACUUUGAGCUUUCACAUGUCAGCCUGACCCGGUCAGUGAUCGCCGGUGAUUUUUGAUCACUACGAAAUCAAAGUGACGCGACUGAAAGUGAAAGUGAUCAGUCAUUCAAUGGUUUACAGCAGUCGCAGUUGUCAGACUUUGAAUCUUUGAGUUUUGAUCAUGCCAGUGAGAAAGAAAGAUGCUCAGAGGGCACUGCUGCUUCUGGACGAAUACCGAACUAAACUCAGUCAGACCGGAGACCCUCAUCUCAGACAUUCAAUUGAGAGAGUCAUCAAUAUUUUUCAGAGUCAACUCUUCCAGGCUCUUAUAGAUAUUCAGGAAUUUUAUGAAGAGAGCCUCCAGGAUAAUGAGAAUGAGUUCACAGAGCCGUCAGGCCUUAAAACCAUAGAACCCUUUCCUCCUGUUAAUGAAUGGAAUUUCACUGGCCCUCCCAGUACCACUGGACCAACAGAAACUGUGCCCAGCAUCAAUGCCCAAAGCAAAGAGAAAUAUAGAUAUCAGGAUGAGGAUACCACGUCGCCUCCAGAGCACAGCUCUCCACACCUUCCAGGGGAUGUGCGUCCUCCUGAGCUGGUGCUGUCGGAGAAGAACAUCUCCCAGAUUGAGAAUGUACACGGCUAUGUUUCCCAUUCACACAUCUCUCCUAUGAAGGUAGAGUCUCUGGAGUGCGUUUUUGACGGGCCGUCUACAUUAGGAGGUGAGGAGGUCCCAGCCCCUGCCUUUGCCACACUAUACUCGCAAAGUGAUACACUGAUGCAGGCAAGCCCCGCACCGGUGGUGGUGAACACAGAAAGCCUUGACACCUCGCCCUAUGUAAGUGAAUGGAACGAAGCUGAUUAUGAAUAUGAAGAAAUUACACUUGAACGGGGGAAUUCAGGCCUGGGUUUCAGUAUUGCAGGCGGUACCGAUAACCCCCACAUCGGCGAGGACCCAAGCAUCUUUAUCACAAAGAUCAUCCCAGGAGGAGCUGCCGCACAAGACGGCAGACUCAGAGUUAAUGACUGUAUACUGCGGGUAAAUGAUGUAGAUGUGAGAGACGUAACUCACAGCAAUGCUGUGGAGGCACUGAAGGAGGCAGGCUGCAUUGUCAGACUGUACGUCAGAAGAAGAAAAGCUGUCACAGAAAAAAUAAUGGAUGUAAAGCUGGUAAAAGGUCCUAAAGGUCUAGGUUUCAGUAUAGCCGGAGGAGUUGGAAACCAACAUAUUCCUGGGGACAACAGUAUUUAUAUCACCAAAAUCAUUGAGGGAGGAGCGGCCCACAAAGAUGGACGGCUACAGACUGGAGAUAAACUUAUGGCUGUGAAUGCUGCUUGCCUUGAAGAGGUCACUCAUGAAGAUGCCGUGGCUGCCUUGAAAAACACCCCUGAUGUCGUCUAUUUAAAAGUGGCGAAACCCACUAGUGUCUUUAUGAAUGAUAGUUACGUUCCUCCCGAUGUCACCAGCUCCUAUUCCCAGCACAUGGAGAACCAUAUCAGCACCCAAAGCUAUCUGAGUCAGCCAUUAACCCCCGCCACCCCAUCUCGGUACUCUCCUAUCUCAAAAGGCAUGCUGGGAGAUGAUGAUAUCACAAGGGAGCCUAGGAAAAUAGUUCUACAUCGGGGCACCACGGGACUAGGCUUCAACAUUGUAGGAGGAGAGGAUGGAGAGGGUAUCUUCAUCUCAUUCAUAUUAGCAGGAGGGCCUGCAGACCUGUGUGGAGAAUUAAGGAAAGGAGACCGUAUCAUUUCUGUAAAUGGGGUGGACCUCCGCAGUGCAACGCACGAACAGGCAGCUGCAGCACUGAAGAAUGCUGGACAGACUGUCACCAUCGUGGCUCAGUACAGACCUGAAGAGUACAGUCGAUUUGAAGCCAAAAUCCAUGAUCUACGGGAGCAGAUGAUGAACAGCAGUAUUAGUUCAGGCUCCGGCUCAUUGCGGACUAGUCAGAAGAGGACCCUGUAUGUCAGAGCCCUGUUUGAUUAUGACAUAACGAAAGACUCCGGCCUGCCCAGUCAGGGGCUGAACUUCCACUUUGGCGACAUCCUACAUGUCCUGAAUGCUUCGGACGAGGAGUGGUGGCAAGCGCGGCAUGUGACUCCAGAUGGCGAGAUGGAGGAGAUGGGCGUCAUUCCCAGCAAGAAGAGGGUGGAGAGAAAAGAAAGAGCCAGGUUAAAGACGGUUAAAUUCAACUCCAAGACUCGAGACAAAGGGCAUUCACUCAAUGACAAGCGUAAAAAGAACCUCUUUUCGCGAAAAUUCACCUUCUACAAGAACAAGGACCCAAGCGAACAGGAAACAAGCGAUGUGGACCAGCAUGUAACUUCUAAUGCCAGCGAUAGUGAAAGUAGUUACCGUGGACAGGAAGAGUAUGUCCUCUCGUAUGAGACAGUCAUGCAACAAGAAGUGAAUUAUGCUCGUCCGGUGAUUAUCCUUGGACCCAUGAAAGACCGGAUCAAUGAUGAUCUAAUCUCGGAGUUCCCGGACAAGUUUGGAUCAUGUGUUCCCCACACGACUAGACCAAAGCGAGACUAUGAGGUUGAUGGAAGAGACUACCAUUUUGUUAUUUCACGGGAACAAAUGGAAAAAGACAUUCAAGAUCACAAGUUCAUCGAAGCCGGCCAAUAUAACAACCACCUCUACGGGACAAGCGUGCAGUCUGUGCGAGAGGUUGCAGAAAAGGGCAAGCACUGCAUCCUGGAUGUCUCAGGCAAUGCCAUCAAGCGACUCCAGUUAGCACAGCUCUUCCCCAUUGCAGUGUUCGUGAAACCCAAAUCAGUGGAGAAUAUUUUAGAGAUGAAUAAAAGAUUGCUGGAGGAGCAAGGCAGGAAGACCUAUGACAGAGCCAUGAAACUGGAGCAGGAAUUCCAAGAGCAUUUCACCGCCAUUGUACAAGGGGACACGUUAGAAGAGAUCUACAACCAGGUUAAGCAGAUCAUCGAGGAGCAGUCUGGGCCGUUCAUCUGGGUACCUUUCAAAGAGAAAUUGUGAGAUGGCUGGAGACAAAUGAACCUUAUUUUAGUAUUUUUUUUAAUUUCUGUUUUCUUUUUUUAUAUAUAUACUAACCUGGCCUGCUGCUUGCAUUGGCUUUUUGACCCUUAAGCAUAGGAAAUACAUUUUCUUUGGAUGGGCUUGGGGUCAUGGUGGUCUCACGGCCACCUCUCUCUCUCUCAUGCCUCUCUUUGAAACUGCUGUCUAGAACUCGCAUCCCAAUCUCCGCAUUUCAUCCUCCGGUGGGAGGAGACAUGCCUGACCAGCGACUUACGGGACAGAUUAUACGGUACAGAUUCCUUAAUGUUUAAGGGAGGUGACUUGCUCGAAGGAAAACCAAUAAGUUAAUGCAUUAUAUACAUUUUGGUUUGUUCUUUUUCCCAUAUAUGAUCAGAACUUAACUCUUUCAUGUCUGUCUCUGAAAAGACAUAAAGCCACACUUUGCACGUUUUUUUGCAUUAAGAGCAUGUUUUGAAUUACUCUUUUUCAGUUAACAUAUGUUCUUACGUUUUUGAGCUACGUGAACUGCAGCCACCAUAUUACUUCUGUUUUCUCUCGUUUAUCUUGUAAAAUCAAGCAGCCCACUAAUUUUAAGCAGCUGAUCAGUUUUGUCACAAGUGCACAAAGAGGACAAAAACAUUUGGCACAAAAGUUCUUCUUUUUAUAUUAAAUGUCUAUUUGUCUUAACAAUCUGUGUACAUUUUAAUCAAGGUGCAAAUGGGAAGUAGCUUUUAGCUGAGGUGAAAAGGAACUGCUUACAAUUAUCUUUCAAAUCCAGGUGAUGACAUAUUCUUACUUAAAGAAACAAAUGCAAAAUGCAAAUAAGAGAGUAUAAAUUGUAAUGUAUAUUCAACCCUCAGUAUACUGCCUAUUUUGUUAUAAUAAAGUCUAUAUUGAGCUUUAAUUAAACUCCACACCUAUGGGAAUUAUUUUCUUUAUAAUGUCAAACAUACACUCGUAUGAAUAUGCGUGUAUGUAUAUAAAAAUAAAUAUAAAUAGAUAUAUAAAUAUAUAUUUUCCUUUACGUUUACCACCAUCACUUUUGUUGUUAAUGGUUUGUUUUAUGCAAAAUCACAGACACACAGGACACAUUGGCUGAAUGGUGGUGUUCCAUUUGCAUCUGCUCAAACAAUAUGAAAUAAAACUCAAGUUGGCAGUUUGUAGUCUUCUGCUAUCUCUCUCUCUCCUGUGUAGUUAUGUCAUAUUUACUUUUUCAUGUGAUGUGCAUGAUUUCUAAAAGCAAUAGUCUUUGACACAUUAAACAUGAGCGAGAAGCGGAGGAGAGGGCUUCUCUUUCUGUUUUCACCUGGGAUUGUGAAAAUGUCAGAGUAAGCAUGAACUGUAAACGUUUGAGGCUAGGAGAUUCUUGCCUCCAUGUGUGUGAACUUGUCGACUGCCCACAGCUGAAGAGAGAUUUGCUUUGCCACUCUCUAACACAAGCCUUUAACUCUCCACCAAGGGGGCGCGCUGACAGCGUAAACCUUUUCGUUCUUAAGUUACUCGGAGAUGAUUGUUUUCUAAAAGAUUGCUUCUCUAACUUGUCAUCUUGGCUUUCUAACACAUUUUUGACUAGAUUAUGUACAUAAUCUGCCAACUUGAUUCAUUCCAUUUGUCAAAAAGGAGAACAGCUAAUAAAAACGUUUUUUUCUCAUA